UGAUAAAUUUUUUAUUUAGAUUUUAUUAAGAUUUAAUUUAGUUGUUAGCAAAGUGAUGCUCUUCUAGCAGAUUAAUCUAUAUGUCUCUCUCUAGUCUUUUAAUAAUAGUAAUACACUCUUUAAUGAUGUGCAGAAAAAAUAUGACUAAUAUAGCGGUGAUGCUUUACUUCAAUGGACGAUGGGAUCCUAGCAACAAAUAUAUUAACUACUUGGCAGAUGGUGUGUUGAUACACACAGAGUCAACGUUUGCCACCCUCGUUUCUGUAAUUGCUACUCAAUUGUCAAUAGACACAUCAACAAGUAAAGUUGAAAUAAGAUAUAAAAUUGAUGAAAGGUCUCCUCCAAUUCAAAUUCAUAAUGAUAUGGGGGUAAAGGUAUAUCUUGAAACUAAAAAGGAACAUCGAGAUAUGACAAGAUACCCUUUAUGUGUCACAACAACUGAACCAGUCAACUUGGAGACUAAUGCUGCACUCAUUCCACUUUUGUGUUCAGACACUUCAGGAGAUAUGAGGGUUAUACACAAUUCAUACUUCUCUAAUACAUUUAAUGGUAUUGAUGAAGCAAUAGGGUUAAUUGGAUUCGGAUCAUGUGAGGAAGUUGAUGAGCUAGAAGAAUUAGCACCAGGCAUCAUUAUUAAUCCCAAUCACUCUUUAUUUGAAAAAGAUCAGGUGUAUAAGAAUAAAUAUGUCCUCACUAGUGCACUAAAAAGACAUUCCAUUCUUAAUCAUUUUCAAUUCAAGACAACAAGAUCAAGCGCAAUAAGCUAUUCGAUACAGUGCCUAGGAGAAAGCUGCAGUUGGAGUUUACGAGCUUCAAGCUUGAACAAAUCUGAAAUGUUCAAGAUUAGAGAAUUUGAAAGCGAACACACUUGUUUGUUGCUACAUAAUUCAUUAUCGGAAAGGCUAGCAACUAAGAGUGUUGUUGGGAGUAUUAUUGUGGGUAAAUAUGCUGAACCAGAUGCUAAUUACACACCAAAAGACAUACAACGUGACAUGUUAGCUGAAUAUGGUGUGCGACUCACAUAUAUGCAAGCUUGGAGAGCUAAAGAAGCAGCUCUUGAAUUAAUCCGGGGUGAUCCAAUUCAAUCAUAUGCAAAGUUGCCAAGCUACUUUCACAUACUAGAGGCGACUUACCCUGGUUCUCAUAUAAGAUUUCACAAAUCAGAGGAUGACCGUUUUUUAUAUGCGUUUGUAGCUUUGUUCACCUCGAUAAAAGGAUGGGAAUAUUGUAGACCAAUUGUAGUUGUUGAUGGAACUUUCUUAAAAGGAGCAUACAAAGGGACACUGUUAACCGCUAAUACCUUAGAUGCAGCAGGGAGUAUAUUGCCACUUGCUUAUGCUAUUGUCGAUUCAGAGAAUGAUUCAUCUUGGGGGUGGUUUUUUGAGCAAUUCAGAGAUGCAUUUGGUCAAAGACCAGAGAUGUGUAUCGUUUCCGAUAGGCAUGCAAGCAUUAUUAAGGCAGUUUCAACAGUUUAUGAUGAAGUACCUCAUUUUGCAUGUAUGUGGCACUUACUGCAAAACAUAAUGAAAAAUUUCAGAAGAAGUCAACAAAGGGUCACUGAGUUGUUCUACUCUAUGGCAAAAACAUACACCAUGACAGAAUUUAAUCAAUGUAUGACAAUGGUUGAGAAGAUAGAUAAGAGGAUCAAAGAUUACUUGUUGAACAUUGGAUACAACAAAUGGUCGCGUGUGCAUGCUGAAGUAAACAGAACUUGGAUGAUGACAUCAAAUAUAGCAGAAUCAGUCAAUUCACGAACAAGACAUGCCAAAGUUCUUACAGUCUUGCAACUCUUGGAAUUCAUGAGACAACUUGUACAGAAAUGGAAUAACAAUAACAGAUCAAAGGCGACAUUUUCAGGUUUUCACCUUGGAAAAAAGUAUGAAAAUAUAUUGCGGCGCAAUAAAACUGCAUCAGAGAAAUUAAAGGUAUGCCUAAUCUGUUUGCUAGUAUUUUUUCUUCGGAUUCAUAUCUAACAUCUCUCUUGAAUAUAUUUUUUUUCAUAGGUUGUAGAGACAAAUAAAUAUGUGUAUACCGUACUUGAUGGUAUUACACAAUUCACAGUAUGUCUUCACCAACGUACAUGCACAUGUGGGAGAUUUCAAUUGGAUGAGUUACCAUGUCCACAUGCUUUGGCCGUUUUAACAAUAAAACACACUGGUUAUGAGAAAUAUUGUUCGGCUUACUAUACAAGAAAAAAUUUAUUGUUGACAUAUCAAUUUCAAAUGGAUCCCCUGCCAAAUGAAAGUACAUGGAACACACCAACACAUGUUCUUCAAGAUAUUGUACUUCCACCUCAUGGAAAGAGACCUCCGGGAAGGCCAAAAAAUAAAAGACAUACUCAACUGAGAGAAGAUGGAUUCAAGAAGGCGAAAAUUACAUGCAGUAAUUGUGGACAACAUGAUCACAACAGGAAGACUUGCAAAAAUGUCAGGCCUUAUGAUCAAGAAUAAAAAAAUAAUUUGUUUAGUUCCGCAAUCUCGUGUUAUUCAGUUUAAUAGAAUGCUUUCUUAGUUGUGCAAUCUCAUGUUAUUCAGUUUACUGGAAUGUUUCUAUGUGUAUAGUUACAUUUUAUAUGAUAUAUAGAUGAAAUGAUAUAGUUUACUGGAAUAACUCAGUUGAGCUUGAGGCUUGGAAAUGUCUUGCUGAGUAUAAUUGUCAGGUUGGGGAAUUUGGGUGAUGCUUGGUAUGUUUUUGGUUUGUUAGUAUUUUUGUAAUAUAGCUCUUUGUCACUUGUUAGUAUUUGUGUAAUACAACUUUAGCUUAGGUUUAAUUCAGGUUUAAUUCAAUUGUUACCAUUUGUGUAAUAUAUAUUUAAUUCAAGUUUAAUUCAGGUUUAAUUCAAUUGUUACCAUAAUAUAGAUUUAAUUCAAGUUUAAUUCAGGUUUAAUUCACUUGUGGAAAUUUUAAGAUUAAUGUCUUGUUCUAAUUCUAUAAAGAAAAAUAGGAUUUCAAAAAAAUAAAUAGUAUCGAUUCGUAACACAGAAGUUCAUAUAUUUGCAACCAAAAAAAAA